AUGCAGAAGCUAGGGCUCUCGGGGCUUAGGGGCCUCGAUGGGUUCCGAUCUCUCGCUGGUGCCACCUCUACGGCUGGGAAGGCCACGAACCCCAAGCCCUCGUCGGAUGCUGGAGGUAGCACAUACGGGAGCUUCGCCAACCUUAAGAUCACAGCAGAGAAAUUAGUCAAGGAGCAGGCUUCAGUGAAGUCUGAUCUAGAAAUGGCGCAUACCAAGCUGAGAAGAGCAACAGAACAGAUAAAUAUGUUAGAAGCAAAGCUUCAACAAGCUGUCAACGAAAACAUGAAGCUUAAGGUAAAGCAGACUGAGGAUUCGAAGCUCUGGCAGGGGCUAGAUUCAAAAGUUUCCUCAACAAAGAUGCUGUGCGAUCAGUUAACUGAAACUCUGCAGCAGUUAGCAAGUCAGGCAGAAAGAGCUGAGGAAGAUAAGAAGUUUUUCGAGGGGAUGCUUGGGAAGAACUCUAAAGCUUUAGAUGAAUUGAACUGCUUGCUGCAUGAUUCCUCGGCAAAGCUGGAAUGUGCAGAACAAAGCAUCAUGUCAGGAGCAAAGCUCCCAAUUGAUAACACAUCAGGUAAACAGGAGAUUUUGCGGAUCAAACAAGAGAAAGAAGAAAUGGAUCAGAGUUACAAGGAACAGCUUUACGCAAAUGAUACUACCAUAAAGGAAAAAGAUUCUCUCAUCAAACAGUUGGAGGGUUCAGUUGAAGAAAAUAAAUCCCGCUUAUUGUGUGCUGACUCCCGCUUGCAGUGCAUGGAGCAAGAGUUAAAGCUAAAGCAAGAUGUUUGCAUUUGCCUGAAAGAAAACCUUGCAUCUGCUGAAAAAGAAAAGAAUGACUUGGAGCUUAGGAACCAGAGAUACAGUCUGGAAGUCGAAAGACUGUACAAGGACAAUAAGGAUGCUAAUGAAUUGCUUAGCAGUUUUGUGGCUAAGGUAGCUGAGCUAGAUAAAGAGCAUGCAUCAAUGUCAAGUCAUGUCGCUAGAUUGCUUUCUUCAUUUGAUAAGUACUAUGGAAUGGUCCAAGAGGAGAAACUGCUGAUAACAAGAUCUGCUAAGGACAAACUGGAACAUCUUCAAAACCAGUUUGUAGAUUUGACAUCAGAAAAUAGUGGUCUCAACAGUGAAAUUGGAGAACUGAAGUCCAGAAUCACAGAGUUACAAAAAACUCAAGAAGCUGUUAUGGUUCAGCAUGUAGAAGAAUGCCAAGUGGCUGAAGAUAAAAUCAGAAGACUGGAGUCUGAAGCAGAAGUAUCUGCCUCCAAUGUGAAUUCCUUAGAAAGGUUAUCUUCGGAACUACAAGGGAGAGUUCAAAAGUUACUGGAGGAUUCUAGCCUUGCUGAAAAUCAGAAGGAAGAGCUGUUACAGAAGACUUUGAAGCUAGAAUCAGAUAAUCAGGAGCUUCUAGGCAGAGUGCAGUCAGUUUUGGAUGAGAAAUCUAACGAUACAGAAUCACUGCACAGCGAGAUUGCUAAGCGUGACCAGCAGGUUGACACACAAGAAAAACAGAUCAGUGAGCUCCGCAGUGUUCUUGAUGAGAAGGAACAGUUGUAUAUUUCUUCUGUAGAAAGAGAGAAGAGUUUGGAGGAACAAAAGUUACAGAUCCAAGCAUCACUUGCUGCCACAGAAUGUCAACUUACCGAGGCCAAAAAACAGUACGAUCUCAUGCUUCAGGGUAAACAGAUAGAGCUAUCAAAACAUUUGAAAGAGUUGUCACUCAGAAAUGAUCAGGCAAUCAAUGUCAUCCGUAAGAAAUAUGAAUUAGAAAAGGUAGAAAUCAUUAGUGCUGAAAAAGAGAAGGCAGAAAAACUCAUAAGGGAAAUGGAGCACAAAUGCAACGAAAAGAUAUUAGAGAACAAGCGAGAAUCUGAGAGGUGCUUGAUGCGUCUUAAGGAGGAACAUGCCGCAGUGGUGGCAAGAAUUCAACAGGAUAAUGAGCUUAAGGAAUCAACUCUUCGGGCUUAUCACAAAGAAGAAUUGCAGCGCAUUCGUUCUCAGGGUGAGAAUGAAUUGAGGGAGAGGCUGUCGUCGCUCAGACAAGAGCAUGAAGCUCAAAUAAAAACAGUGAACAUUCGACAUGAAGAAGAUUGUCAGAAACUACAGGAUGAACUGGAGCUUCAGAAGUCAAAGGUGGAGGAGAAGCAAAGAGCAUUAUUACAGUUACAGUGGAAAGUGAUGGGCGAAAGUCAACAAGUUGAUCAGGAAGUUAAUUCUAAAAAGAGGAGAGAUCCAUAUGUCAGAAAAGAAAGUCAGCUUCAGUUGCCAGGUCCAGGUCCUGAGACCAAACGGAAGGAUGUAAACAUAUCUGGAGUUAUACACUCGCCAAUUUCUAACGUACUGAGGAAGGUAGAGAAAGCAAGUCAGGAUGUUACUAAUCACAGAAAGGUAACACACCAUGAAUAUGAAGUGGAGACAGCAAAUGGAAAAAUCACAAAGCGCAGGAAAACUAAGAGCACUGUCAUGUUUGGGGAACCGAAUACUCAGAAGUCAUUGCAAAAUACUGUUGACAAGGAUGUUACAAAAACAAGAAAGGUUGUUGCAGGAUCCCGUCCCCAUCCUGCCAAUAUUGGUGAAUUAUUUUCUGAGGGCUCCUUGAAUCCAUAUGCUGAUGACCCUUAUGCAUUUGGCUAG